AGUGCGGUAUUGACAGCGGUUGUAAGGGGACGCGUUUCACGCUCUUCUCUGUCGAUUUCGUCUUUCCUUGUAUAUAGUGUUAUUGUGAUGUUUUGAUCCAAAACAUGACAAAUAGUACGCGAUUAUAACCCUGUGCUGCUAUAUUCUUCGUGUAUUUGUCUGGUUUCAUUUUGUUCUUAAACGUGUGAUUUGUUAAAACAUUGCCGUGUUCCAUACAUACUACGAGCGCUGUAUUAUCAUUUUGGACGAAAAUAAAGGGAUUCAACAUCAUGAAUUUGAAGAUCUAAGAAACGGAUGACACCACGGGUUGGACUUAACGAUUGUGAUUGAAACCACGACUAAAUACGAACGAACGAACAUUUUUACUAACAAAUGUGUUCAUUUUGAAUUCAUGUCAGUUCUUUUAUGAUAAAAGAAUUAAUUAUUGAUAUAAAACUGAAUAUUAUGUUAUUUUAGAACGCAUCUGUAAAUAGAAAGAGAGGCGAAGAGCGAGAUAGACAGCUGCGUCCCAAAAUAGUGCGUUCGGAAAUAGAUAAAAAAUGUCGAGCUCAGUAACUGAGGGCGAGGCGGUGGGGACAGACGCCUCCAAAUGGUGGUGGAAACCAUGGAAAACUAUGGCGGACCUGGCCGAAGCCGUUGACGAUCUUAUAUGCAGCUUUGAUUACAUGGACACAGCUAUGGACAAUCUAGUCAUGUUAAUAUUUAUCUGGAUAGUGUUCUCCAUCAUCCUUCUCGGUGUUGCCAAGUGGGCUUACGGAAAAUUCGGUUUUAAGCCGGCGGAAUCCGAGAAAGUGACGAAAACGAUCGACGAGCCUAAGAAGUCGACUGCGAACGAAAUUAUUACAAGUUCAGAUAGCGUCCUCGCUACGAGCGCAAAAAUUAAGAGUGGGUCCUUUAAGCCAGCGAAGACCAGCUUCGUGCCAGCUACUCCACCGAACAAAAAGCGUUUGGGGCGUAUGUCCCCUGGCCCUGAGCAGCUGAACCUUAAGAAGUAUCAGAGCGUAAUCGUUCCAACAUGUACGGGGGCCGACCCUGUAAGCGUCACCUGGGUGAACGAGUUAUUGACUUGGUUAUAUAACGAUCUUGUUAUUGUGAAUGAAUUAGUGCAACAAUGGAUUGUUUCUAUGAACGAGUUCUCGAAGAAAUCCGUCGAAGAGCAUGGCAUUGGAUUGGAGCUGGUUCGAGCUCUGGACUGCAAUCCACCGAACAUAUACAACGUGUUCUGCGAAUGCGACUCAAGGGAUGAUGUGACCAUAACCUGCGACUGUGAGGCGACUCCAGCAUUCCAGCUGAAAGCCUUCAGCCAGCGAGGAGAGAAGGUGGAGGUGUCGCACUACCGCGUCAAUGUGAACAGAUUCCGCGCGCGUCUCAACGUGGUAUGCGUUACUGACAAGCUAACAGGCGAGUUAAAAUGCGACGGCUGGCCCGAGGUCAAAGUCGCGCUUGCAGCGGUCGGGCCCUUGAGGCCCAAUACCACUGAGAGCAAUCUGCAACAAAUUGUCAGUGACAUAGUGGUGAGCGCACUACGGAACACUCAUCUCCAGUUUAAUCUGGCCCCGUACCCAACGUGUCCAAGGUUGCGACGUCAUGUUGCAGAAGCGUCACCAAGACUGCCGCUGCAUUAUGACUCCAUGUUACAACAAGAGAGACAUAUGUACACGUCCACACCGAACUCGACUGCAAAUAACAUAGGGCAUUUGGGCGACAAGAGGCUGCUGGUUAAGGUUGUCGGCGCUAAGGACUUAGGAGGAAAAUCGGGUUGUGUGGCGCCAUACUGCGUGGUGGAAAUGGACGAACCUCCGCAGAAAAAUCAGACCGCGUUCAAAAAGGACACCACGUCGCCCCAGUGGGAGGAGCACUUCCUUUUCGAGCUGUCCUCGCAGAGUGCGGAGCUUUUGUUCGAGGUAUACGACCGCACUGUACCGCCAUCGCCGGGUAGCGUUACUUCAAGUCACAGGUUCCUGGGCCUGGGUCUGGUGGGCAUGGACGAGCUGACAGCAGCGCCUUCGCAGCGCCAGCACAUCGCGCUGCAGCCGCGACCCAUGGAGCAGCACGACGUCAGCGGCACGCUCACCGUAGAGUUCCUAUUCAUAGAGGGCGCCGACAUUCCGGAUCUGGGGUCGAAGCCGUUCAAGAUCAAGGAAAGUUUGCGCACUGUAUCACCACUGGGACAACUCACGACCACAACAAAAACUAUAUUCCAACAAAAUGGUCAAGAUAAUUCACAGUUGACUGAAUCAGCGUUAAGGGAAUUGGAACUAAGUCCCACUAGCGCCACGAAUAAAUCUACCCUCAUCAUACACUCCGUCCAACGGGAGCCGAUGAAAUCCAUAAAGGUCGAAUUAACUGACUCGGGCAAAUUCAUCGAAGUGGAGAGAGACGCGACCGAUGCCACAAUGCCAACCGUCGAAAAAGUGGAAAAGUCAAUAACUAAUGAAGUACAAAAAUCGGUAACAUCGAGCCCGAGUCAAUCGCCCGGGAAAACUGUGAGGAUAAAGGAGAAUGGAGCUAAAGCUAAUGGCGACACUGCAGAACCGGCGAAGCAAGGUGACUACGUAAACAACCAGGAGAAUAACCCACCAGAGCCGGCGCCAAGGAAACGUAGAAGAGAUUUCUUUGGAACAAUAAAAAGAAGACUCGGUCGAUCCCGUACUCGAGGCCAAUCGUUGGACCUCCAGGACUCUGACGUCGAUCAGCGACUGCGCAGCGUCAGUGCCGAGAGAAAUACGCACGAUAAAGUAAUGGCCCUCCCCAACAGAAAUGUAUACUCAGCGGGAGCAUCGCCAGCUCAGUCUGGUGAUGAAUCUAGGACAUCUAGAAGGUCCUCUCUUAGUGAAGCAUCCGGCUUUAGCACAGCCUCGGCCAGGACAUUUAUCCACGAAGCGUCUACUUUAGUCCUAGAAACGAUUGAAGCGGGUAUAAAGAAGCACUAUCUGGUGCCGCUGACCAUCGCGCAGAGAUCAAGAUGGCGGCGGAAGGGUGUGAAACUUCACAUAUAUAACGAACACACGUUCAUCGCAAAACAUCUUAGUGGUGGCACGGUUUGCGAGGUGUGUGGCAAGACCGUAGCCCGGCGGCUGGGCAAGCAGGGCUACGAGUGCCGCGACUGCUGCUUCAAGUGCCACAAACACUGCCACGUCAAAGUGCCCUCCAUGUGUCCAAACUCCACCGUGCACAAUAUGGAGCUAUCAAUGCUCCCUGUGCUAAGCGAAUAGUGAAGAUAUGCGAGAAGACUGCAAGAAUAUUACAAAAAUAAAAAAAUAAAUAAAAAUACAAGCUUCGUACAGGGCUUACAUCUCAUCGCCAUACACGGAUAAGAAUAUAAGAAUGUUGUAAACUUUCUUAAUCAAGCGCUUUCGUGCACAAAUCAACAAAUAUACAAGCUGUCUACUUAAAUUAUUUAAAUUAUAUUAAUAUACACAAAGCUAUAUAAGUACAAUACGUAUUAUGUACGCUAUGAAAUAUACAAUGUAUAGGCUUUUUUACAAAUCUGUUUAUAAUUGUAACGUUAUUAUACUUAGAUGUAAGAGUUAACAAAAAGUAGAGGUUCUAAAGUUCGUUCCCUUAAAUUUAUAAACAAAAUUUGUCCGCUUGCCGUUGACUCGCAGAUUAGAUUAGCUUAGAAAUCGCUAGAUACCAUCAACUUAAUUAAAAUCGCAAAGUUACCGAGUUAAGUUUACUAUAACCAAAGUAUAAAACAACAAAAACUUUUUUCUCAAAAUGCCGCUACCUCACUUUUCAAGGUUAAGAUAAUAUUGAAUAAAAAAAAAGUUACCAACAUUAUUAAUUAUUAAACAGUUUAUGUUAUUGAGAAUCACACAAAAUUGUUUAUAAACUCGAAGGACCACUGAAUACGGUCACUUUUUACGUCGAUUCGAAGACCCCAUACAAAAAUUAAGAAAGGUAUAAUAAUCUAAUAUCCUAACCGGUACAGAUUGUAUCUAUUUCUAAACGGCACAUAAACUUAAAAUAACAAUAAAAAAAAACCACAAUGUGUACUUCUGUUGACGUAAAAAGUAAGUCUUUUGUAGUUUUGUAACUCGAAUAUAAACUAGUCUGUAAGUGCUUUGCACAUGUGAUCUAUGUUGUUAAAGUGUGCAAUAAGUUGAAACUAUACCCUGAUAAUAUCACUUGCGCUUGACGUUAUGGCGUUAUUGUACUAUUUUAGAGAUAAUUACACGGCCAUACUUACCAGUGACCACCUAGUUUUGAACUUUUAUUUUGAAUGUAUUUAUGUUUUCAACGUGUGUUUGAGAAUUUAUAUCUGUUGUUACUUUUGUAAAUAUUUUGUGCUAAGAUCUACAAUUUGGUAAAGUAUAAACACGAAGCUGGCAGCACUGACCAAACACAAUUUAAAUUGAACUUUCAAUACCAAAUUAUAAAUCUCCCAAGUUAUUUAUUAGUACAAAAUAUUUGAAGCAUAUUGCUAAAAUAUUAUAUUAUGUUGUAUCGACAUUGUUUUUAACAUGACAUCAUAUUUGUACUUUUUGUUUACAUAAGGUUGUUAACGCAUAAUACGACUAUGUGUUUAAGUCCGAAAAUAGUUUAUUAUUAUUUAUAAAUGUUGGCAUUGUGUUUGUGUAAUUUUAUUUUCCUUUUUAUAAAAUAAAAUGUCUUUUU